AUGCUCAUUUUGACAGUUCAGUAUGGUACAGAUGGUGUAACGACGUGUGCUCACGCCAGCCUGUGGCCUGAAAUGGGUAUGAUUGACCUGGCACGAAGGUACAUUGCACGAUGGCAAGGGCCAGCACCCGAGGAUAGCCCAAGCGUUCAGGAGAGGGACUGUCAGACGAAGAAAGUGAAGAACAUGCGCGACGCCGAAACCGAGCUGCGCCGACGAAUCAGAGAAGCGAGAGGUGGGGCCUUGCCAUCGAUCGAUAAGCAUGACCACCUCGAGCACUUCCGAUCGCUUCCCAGUUCGCUGCCUGGAAUGGAGAAAAGUAAUCGGUUGGGGCCAACAUGA